CACGUCAAAACGUUCAACAACAACAACCUUGACAGACCAAAGUAUAUAGAAAAUAAUUCUGCUUCGUAGGACUUGAAGGAAUUUAAGUCGAAGAUGUGGAAAAUUCGCACCACCAGUAGAUUGAUAAUAAAAAACGGAUUUCUUAGACCAGUCGCAUAUUAUUCACAAGACAGUAAAUCAAAGGAUAUUUUAAGCUUAUACAAAUUGAUGUCCGAUGCAGGACUAAGUAAAAAAGAUCCUCUUCACGAAGGCGGACCAAACUGGGAAUUAUUCAAUCCGAGAGGUAAUCGAUUUUUCCUGCCAAACGCGAUGGGACUAGCAUGGCAAAAUCCCAAAACGAUCGAAAAGAACGUCAAACUAGAAAAUCUAAUCGAUUUCAAGUCGGAGGAGCCCGACAAAUUUCGCUUUUCUGUCGAACCAUGUCCAGCACUGAUUAAAUAUAAAGUUAAGGAAUUGUUACGGAAGGCAGAAACGAUUAUAACGCUAUCGUACGAGAAAGAUACGGAAAUCGAGCAAGGUGCCAGAAACUUUGUGAUAGCCGCAACUGAAAUUUGCAGACGUCUGCACUACGAGGGAUACAUGUGCGAUUUCGUUAACCCAUUCAGUGGGAGACUAUUUUUCGCCAAGCAUCGAACAAACAUCGAUACCAAUAUCGAAGCCGACUGUAGAUUCAAUUACGAGAAAAUUGAUGAUUGUACGGUAAUGACGACGAAUGUUGGUAAGAAAUUUUGUGGCACCAUUUUCACCAAUGCCGAAUCCGAUCCGGCCCAACUGAGGAAAAUGAUCCGAAUGGACGUUUCGCUUAAGAUAUUACUGGAUAAUGCGAAGAACGUAAACGAUACGGAUGAUGAGGGUACAUUCGACAGUGACGAAUGGCAAUGGAAAUAAAGUGGAAAGAAUUUUAGCAGCUAUGAAUACGAUCAUUGCUGUUGUACGGUACAAUGAAGUCAAGUGGACACAUUUUCGAUUGUAGAAACUAAUUUAUUUUUGCGAGCGGAGCGUGUAAAGUUGAUUGUGAUGAUGAUGUUAGUAAAGAAAAUCAUGUACAAA